GAUCUAGGGUCUAGAAAACAGUCACAGAUGACUAUAGGAGAUUAAAUUAGUUUUAGUUGAUCAAAUUUAUACCUUUACUGGAACUUCCUGCUAUUCUUAGCAUCAUGUCUUAUUUUAUGAAGUGAAAUUCUCAUGACAUGAAUUGCACAUAAAAUGCAUGUCUACCUGUGUAUCUCACAGUCAUAUGCUGGGAGAUCCUUGGACAGCUUUUAAAUCAGACCUUGAUAUUACAAAGGACACAUGACCUUGGACGAUGAAAACAGAUAAGAAUAUAUGACUGAGGAAUCAUGAGUUCCUCUGAUAAUUUUGUGUGCACAUGUGUGUUCAUUGGUGCAGUCGUGUAUAUGUGCAUGUGUGCACACUCAUGCAAAGAGCAGAGGACAAUCUCAGGUUUCUCUCCUCAGAUGAUAUCAACUUUGCUGUUUUGAGACAGGGUCUCUUACUGACCUGGAACUUGCCAAGUAGUCUAGGCUGGCUGGCCAGUGAGGCCCGGGGCUCCUGCUGUCUCCACCUCCCUAGUGCUGGGAUUACAAGUGUACACCACCAUGCCUGGCUUUAAUAUGUGGGUUCUGGGGAAGUGAACUCAUGUCUUCAUGCUUGCAAAGCAAACACUUUACCAACAGCACUAUGUGACUUACUCUGGUCCCAGAAAUGUAGGUUGUCAGCUGGUUUGACUCAUAGUUCACCCAUCCCACUGAGAUGGUCUGGAAAGCAGCCAGCCCUGGAAAGCCUCCUGCACACACCCUUGGUUUCCUUCCCAUCCUGUGUCUCUGCCCCCAUUUAUUGUUCUUUUCCUGGAGCCAGGGCCUGUUCUCAUCUCACCCACCUCCUGGUACAGACCCCAGCAAAGGAAGAGUCUAGGAUGGAUGUGGGCAUGCAGCAAGUGACUGCUCCAUUCCAUUCAUUUCACAACUGAGUACAGUUGAUUAUUAACCAAUCUCAAACUUGUGCCAUGCCCUCUGGGAAAUUUCUUUGUGUUUUCAUCCAUAAAAUGCCACCUUCAGUCCAGUUUAACUGCUUUGUGAGCUCAGCAGAGACAUUUCAACAACUUUUGUGAAGUUUCAACCAGGCUCCAGUGGUCCUACAUUGAAGUCUCUCUUGGUAGCACUUACCACUGGGCUAUUGUAGCUUAUCAUUUUCUGUAGAAUCCUACCCUUGUAGGGCCUGGAGGACAGUGGACUAUCACAGGCUGUGCUGUCUCAGGAUCUGACACAGGGUGCAGCACACACUGUCCCUAUAUGGGAAUCAGUGGAUGGAUGGGCAGUUGGCCAAUCUAGGAGAUAGAUGGGUCUUACUCAGGUCUCCCUAGCUAGUAGGAAGCAGGGCAGAAACAGUUUCAGUUGCUGGUCCUAUGCUUGUUCUUCUCUGAGUUUUGCUUUUGAGGUACUAAAUCUCCCCCAAGAAGCAGAGCUCAGAACCUACUUGGGCCUCUGUCUUAGGAACUGUAACCCAAUGUAUAAAAAUAUUCUCAACUUUUCUAAAUACUUAUCAAUCCAAAGUUGUUGAAACACUGGAGGUGAGGUGGACAGAGAAGCUAGGACCCAUUUUACUUUGUCACUUUGUUUACUGUAGGCAUACAUUUUUUGCAACCUACUUUUAAUAAGGAUUCAAUCUCUCUUCUAGCCCACCACCCAAAAGAGGUAGUGGAAGAGAAAUUUGUUAGGAUAUGGGGGAAGUGGACCUGUUCAGCAAUAGUUCUUUGGGAGCGAGCUCGAUCUUCUUGGGCAACAGUUCAGUCCUGUAGCAAACACCAAAUAUGAUGCAGCAGCUGCAGACCAGUCCUCUAGGCAGGCAGACACCAGGCACAAGCCAGCAGCUACAUACAGUCCAGUCCUUUCAGCAAGCAGACACCGGGCAGCUGUAGUUCAAUCCUGAUGAAACUGCUAGGUUCACCAACCGGCCUGAGGCAAGGCUGCUGAAGCAGCAAGCUACCACAAGAACCUCAUGAGCAGUUUUGGGGUGAGUUUCUCUCAAUGGCAGUGUUAUCACAAGUUGACCUCAGCAACACUAUGUAAGAUGAACCAAUACAUGUGUGUCUUUAGCAAAGAAUAGCAAGGCAGAGGAAAUUAAACCAGUGCUCAGUGCUCAUCUCCCACUGUCUGUGGAGUCAUAUUUAUAUUCUUUCAUCAAGGGUCCUUUCACUUGUCUGCUAUAUCCAAACAUCCUUUCAUCUGUGUCUGCUUCAGGAAAACAGUCUUUCCUGUGUUUGCUUUAGCAAGACAUCCUUUCAUCCUAUGUGCCCCAGCAAAACACCAUUUGACAUAACUCUCCAAAGAAACUAGAAGUUUCCACUUCAGCUUACUUUGCUACUUUGUUACUUUGUUUGAUUUGUUGCUUUGUUUACUUUGUUACUAUGUUGCUUUGUUUACUUUGUUGCUUUGUUUACUUUGUUUCUUUGUUUACUUUGUUACUUUAUUCACUUUAUUAUACCUGAGACUGACAGGUGACAUUUGUGCAGAAAGCUAAAUGUUCACAGGUUCCACAUUUGAGAGUACUUAUGUGCUCCUAAAAAUUAGUCAGAAAACCUAGUGUGAGGUGAUUAAAGAACUUCAAUUGUUGGGAGCUAGCAAUGGCUCAGAGGUUAAGGAGUGCAUACUGCUCUUGGGCUGCAGCUCAGGUCCCUUUUCCCACAUCUGGCAGCCCACAACCUCCUAUAACUGCACACACACAUACAACUAAAAUAUUUUUUUAAAGUAUUCAAAAUGUGCUAUUUAUUGUCAUCCCUUGGAAUUCUUGAAUUCUAGAAGAUACAUUUGUUUAUGAAAUUGAAAAACAUGAAGUUUAAAAUAACUGAAAUUUUUUUAGAAAGCAGAUGAAUGCAAUUUCUUUUCUUUUUUUCCAUUUUCUUUUUCCUUUCUUUCUUUUCUUUUUUCUUUUCUCUUUUUUUUAACCUUUUUUUUUCCUGGCUUGAACUAGUAAUUCCUUAGUGAUCUGUGCAUUCUGUUGCUGGCACAAUAAGCCACUGUUGGUAGCAGAAAGGCUCCCAUACUCUGUGGUGAUGAUUUUUUUUCUUUUUGCUAAGAGCUGGACUCCUUUCUUUGCUGGUCCUGGCUCUGAUUACACUGAGGGGAAGGUGGGAGCUUCCAUAGUCCCCAUUAAGGACUGGAGACCUCUAGCUAAUUAGAGAGUGUUUGGUGAAUAGAUGUCAGCCUAUUGUAGUUCUGUUGGGCUUUCCUGUGGGUGAGCCAAGUGGGUGGAGGCUUGAGAAAACUCAGGAGGAAGGAGUAGUGUCCCCACCUUAGAGCACACUCACUUCCUUUCCUGUAUAGGAACACUGUACAUACAUGCUGCAUUUUAAAUGUGCGAUGAGGGAGAAGCCAUGGUUGGGCAGACUCAGGCAGGGGUGUUUACACAGGCAAGGGCUUUUGGACUAGGUCUAGGGAAUACAUAUACAAAUGAGGAGAGCAAAGACAGUCAAUCCUGCGGCCCCUGAUUUCUGUUCACUAGCAGCAAGACAAUAAGAACUGCUAGCCCAGCCAGCCACCUAGCUGAGAGGGCACAGACCCAGCAGCCAAACCAACCAAUGUGUUUUCCAAAAGUGCGCCUCAGGGACCCCUAGUGCCUACGCAGCUUCACUGGCAAAUCACUGCUGGCACUUGCCAGCUUCAGGUGAAUUCAGUAAGAACCAGCUAUGGGUUUUUGCUUCCAUCCCUGAGACACCUCUCUGACUAUUCAGCACUUGAUCCCCACUUCUCUCUGCACAGCAGCCAUGCCGCCGUACACCAUUGUCUACUUCCCAAGUCGAGGGCGGUGUGAGGCCAUGCGCAUGCUGCUGACUGACCAGGGCCAGAGCUGGAAGGAGGAGGUGGUUACCAUAGAUACCUGGAUGCAAGGCUUGCUCAAGCCCACUUGUCUGUAUGGGCAGCUUCCUAAGUUUGAGGAUGGAGACCUCACCCUUUACCAAUCUAAUGCCAUCUUGAGACACCUUGGCCGCUCUUUGGGGCUUUAUGGGAAAAACCAGAGGGAGGCCGCCCAGGUGGAUAUGGUGAAUGAUGGGGUAGAGGACCUUCGCGGCAAAUAUGGCACCAUGAUCUACAGAAACUAUGAGAAUGGUAAGAAUGACUACGUGAAGGCCCUGCCUGGGCAUCUGAAGCCUUUUGAGACCCUGCUGUCCCAGAACCAGGGAGGCAAAGCUUUCAUCGUGGGUGACCAGAUCUCCUUUGCCGAUUACAACUUGCUGGACCUGCUGCUGAUCCACCAAGUCCUGGCCCCUGGCUGCCUGGACAACUUCCCCCUGCUCUCUGCCUAUGUGGCUCGCCUCAGUGCCCGGCCCAAGAUCAAGGCCUUUCUGUCCUCCCCGGAACAUGUGAACCGUCCCAUCAAUGGCAAUGGCAAACAGUAGUGGACUGAAGAGACAAGAGCUUCUUGUCCCCGUUUUCCCAGCACUAAUAAAGUUUGUAAGACAGAAAAAAAAAAAAAAAAAAAA